AUAAUAUUUACCCAAGAUGCUUAACAAGAUCGCGGUUUUGAUUUUUGGUUUGGGGUUUCUGUUUUAUCGCAUGCAAGUUUAUUUUAUUGUUCGCGAAGAAAAAGCUGAAUUGCAUUCUUGGUUAGAGCAGCACGAUCUUCUGGAUUAUGAGGCUAAAUUGCACAAAUUUGGUAUGUGUGAUAGUUAGUUCCUUGCAUUUAAGUAUUGUGCAAUGUAAUUUAUAGUUACUUCAUGAGGCAUAAUCGAAUUUCUUUAAAUAACAUCUCAAACGUAAUAAUUUAGAGAACUCCCCACAGUUUACCAUGAUCCAGUACAUGGCAAGGACUUACGAUGGUAAUAUUAAGUACUUCUGAUAUGCUGUUAUUUACGGUUAAAAAUAUAUCUUAUAGAGUUAUUUAUAGGUGAGGCUUUCCCACUCUUUGUUUUUGCUUUUAUCACAUUCAAUUCUUCUGCAACAUAAAUAAUGAAUAACUUCUGUCAGUAUAUGAUAUUGUUUGAUAAUUUAUAGCAUAUAACGUAGCCUAUACGAUUCGAAAAAACAAGCUAUAAUGAUAGGGUGCUGGUUGGUUUCUUAGUGGGGACAUACGUAAUUUCGAACUUGAAAUGAGUAGCCUUAAUUGGCGACCAGAGUUAAAAUUCUGGUGACAAUCAGUAAAUUUUUAGUUGAUUGCAAUUUGGACCCUGAUAUCGUGAUCUUUUAAAGGUAUUUUUCUGUGUUGUUUAUAAAUGAUGAUGAUGAUGACAUUUUUCUUUUAGGUAUUCUUACUAAAGCCAAGUUUGCAACCCUUGAUGCUAAAAGGUUCCUAACAAGACAUGGAUCAUUUUGGGGAGUUUUUACAUUUACAUCUGAGAAGGAAAAACUAGAGCAGGCUGUACAGAAAGCCAGACUUGAACUACAACUUUUGUCUUGGCUACAACAAAUUCAUUUGGAUACCUAUUACUCAAAACUGUUGUCACAAGGGAUAAACAGUGUGGAUAGAUUGAUAAAAAACCACAAAUCUGAUUUGUUGAGAAAGAUUGUUACUGAUGAGGAUUUUAAAAAGUUUCAAGAAGCAGUUGAAAAGCAACAAGGUCACUUUGUAGAUUCUCCUCCUUUGAGGGGUGCAUUAAUGUUGUUUUCUUUUUCUUGGUGGAGCAUAAAAUUUGUAGGUAAGUUUUUUGCUAUGUUGCAAAAGAGAAUGAAUCCUCCCUUUUGUCAUCUACUUAUUUUGCACUGAAAAUUGGCAGAACUUUUAUUUGGGAGUUUUUACUGUUUUUUUGUUUAUCGGGAGCAUUUUUUUGUCAAAAAAGAUAAUUGAAAUUACAUCUGAAAACUAUUUCUUUUUUUCCAAUUUCAUGGUCAAGCAGUAGUAAUGGUAUAUCAACAUGGAAAUGCUACUUUCUCGGCUUGUAUUACUUGAGAUGUUGAGUUACAGCGCACUCUAAGUCUUAGUGACAGAGAACUCAUAAUGGUCAGAGUCCAAAGGACAAACAAAUGAACAUGAUGGAGUAAACAGCUUACUCCUUUGGAGCUAUAAUUGCGCCAGAGAUGGCAAAUCUUAGGUUUUUCCCUUUUUUAUUUCUGGAUUUUUUUGCAGAAACUAACUUUUGUGGAUGAAUGACAAUCUAAGGAUUUGCAAAAAUUAAAUCUACAAACUCUUGAUGUUGAUACUUCUCUGAAGAACACUGGUUUCCCCUGAGUUAGACAAGAUGAAUUUCCAAGAACAGUGAACUACUCAGUUCACUUACAUUACUAAGUCAUAAUUUGAUAAGAACAUUCCUUACCAUGAGAUGGCUUCUUAAAUUGUAAUAUGUGCUUAGGUGUAAAAAAUAUUUAAAAUCUUUUUUUUCCCCAAGGAGAGGAUAGACCUGAACUUUUUGUUACCAUUUGGGAAACUAAUUUAUUUUUAUGAUAUUGAACAGGCCCCAAAUAAUUUAAGGUUGUUGGCAUGGGUGACUAAUAAAAUGACUGUAUCUCCAUUUAUAGGCAGAGCGCUUCUUGUCAUGGUUGGCAGCAUAGCACUCUUGGUAUGUCUCAGUGUUGGAUUCUCUAGAAUCAAAUCCAGAAGUCAGCAACACAAGUCUAGUUUCUUUGGAUAUGUUCUUGGCUUAGCUCUUGAGCCUUCAUUUACAAAAGUUAUUUGGGAGUGGGAAGAUCCCCAUAUUGUGGGUGAAUCAAUGUCAUUUAUCCUCAAGGUAUUUGUUGAAAUUGCAAUAUGUAUAAAAGAGUUAGUGUUAAUGAGAUUUAUAUUUCCAGCCUUGUUUUGUGGUGUUUAUGACAGGCCUUUAUAUUAUUAGUGAUAUUUUUUUUUGCUUGCAAGUAAGUUUAAUGUCUUCUGCAAAACAAGCUGGCAAAAGGUCUGUAAGGAAUCUGACAUAAAUAUUAUCAGUGCUAGAUCACAUGUAGACCUCUCAAAAGCUGUUGUUGUGCAAGACCUUGUACUUUUGUGGAGUCUUGCAACUUGAAAUCAUUCUGUGAUAUAGCUGUCUAGCUACUUACUGGGUAUGUUACACAUUUGUGAAGAGGAAUACUAUGGUACAUUAUUCAAUAAUUCACUACCAUAUCAGACUAACUGAAGACUUUUUUUUGGUUUAUAUUUUGCACUUGAUAAGUUUUUUACUUAUUAAUAAGCAAGAAAAACUCUUACAGUGGAGGUGAAAGGAAAAAGGAGAACUAUAUUAGACUGGGAAAUUAUUACUAACUCUUGCCUUGUCUGUUUUCAUUUAGUUUUACAGAAUGAAUGCCACUCCAUAUUCUGUAUCAAAAGAAGAUUACAUCCUAGUUGAAAUAAUGCACAAUAACAACUUCAUUGUGUCAUCACGGGAAUAUGGUGGUGAAAAAUGGAGAGAUGGGAAUGCCAUGAGAGUUUCCUUUACUGUCCGAGAGGCUGGAGCCUAUAAAAUAUCUGUUCUGGUGAAGGGAAAACCAAUCAGGGACAGUCCAUUUACAAAAACAUUUUUACCAGGUUCUGUAUCCUGUUCUGUAAAAGGGUGUUUUUGGGCAUGGGAGAAGCUACAGCAAUAUGUUGAUAUGCUGGGCUCUGGAUUGAAAUGUCCAGGUUCUAAUGCUACACUGGUUAUUGGGUUCUGUGUGUGGAGCAUGAUUCUCUCUGACAGUGCCUCUGUCCACCCAGGAGGUAGUUAGAUACAGUCCAGAAAAUGUGACAAAUUUAAGGGGUAGUCAAUAGUACUCUUCCUCUUUGUUCAUUGGAUUCUAAAUUGGUUUGCAAUUGUAUUUAAUUUGUGAUGUUACUAAUUGACAGGUGUGGUUGAUCCAUCCAAAUGCAGUAUUCUAGAAGGCAGCUCACUGCUUGAGGUGCAGCAAGGGAUAUAUACUCCUCUCACUGUUGAGGCUCGUGACAAGUUUGGGAAUGUCUGUCCUCUUUCAGUUCAAGAUGUUCACUCCUACUGUGUGGAAAUAACUGAGGUAUGAGACAGAAUUGCCACUUGAGUGUAAGUACUUACUUACAACUAAUAUUUAUAGGUUAGAUAGAUGGCAUUUGUGAAAAACAGGCUUUUAAUUGGUGAAUAAUUUGGCAAUAUAUACACUGUUAAAGUAGAAAGUAAUUUGUUUUAGCAUAGACAUGAAUUUUUUGAUUGUAUAAAUGUUAGUAGCAUGGUGAAUUUUUUAAUGUGCGUAAAGCUCCUGGAUUUAUCUCUAGAAGUUGACACAUUUAUAUUUUAAUUGUUUUGUCAGAUUGGAAGCAGUGAAAAGACAGACCCUGAACUUGUGAUUCUACCAGAUGGAUUUGACAAGAAUAAUGUCCUCCACAUAAAGCUGGAUGAUGAAGGAUGUUUCAAUGCAGUUGUUAAAUAUAAUGGAGUUACACUGAAUCAAGGAAAGCUUACUGUCAUUUCCCUCAAUCGUAAGAGCAAAAUAUGUGUUUGCUACCUGUUUUGUUCAGUUUGUAUAGUGUUAUAAUAAUUUAUAUCACACCAUCUAAGAAAUAAAAACAAGGAUUACCUUGCAUAGUCCUGCAUUCAACUUUCAGAAAUUUUAAAAUGAUUUGUUUAAUGACGGCUGGGCUGUGUGGCCAGCCAUGAUUAGAUUGUAUUGCAAGACAGCCAAUUUACUGCUUUUCAAGAGGUGUCACAGAAUUUUCUUAAAAAUUUAUUUGUUUAGUGUUUUAAGAAUUUGUUUUAUCUCCUACUUUGUCAUGUGAUUAAGAGUGAGUGCUGUAGUUUGAAAAGGACCGAUUCUUUUUCAGUUUGAGUCCCUCUCUGAUACAUGUAAAAUCACCUGUUUCAAUAUCCCUUGCUUGUGGUAUUUUAUGAGAAAUCUCAAUAAAUGUUUUGUUUUUUGCUUUCCUUUAUACAUAUAUUUAGCUAAAGAUGCUGAACAUGUCAACAAGAAUAUAAAGAAUAAAUGUUGGAAUGUAUGGUAUGAAGCAUAUCUUCUGGUGAAUGAUGAUACAUCUCCAGCAGCAUCUUCUGGCUCAAGUACCCCUGCCACACCCAACAUGCCCUCUGGGGCAAGAAGACCAUCCAGUAAUUUUGAACAAGCUUCUAUUGCUAUAACUGGAUUGAAUAUCAAUGGCCUGAAAAAGUCUCGCAAAGUCUACUGUUACAUCUCCAAAAAGGUGUGCUUUUGUUUUUCUUUGCUUCAUGCAAACAACAAUAUCUUGAAGGAGCUGUUUUUCAAAUUUUUUUUCAUUAAUUUUGUAGCAAUUACAAAUCAAAGAAUUUUACAUGAGGAUUAUUCCACACAGAUUGUAUGGAUUCCGAGUUCGGCCCACAACAAAGGUGUGUUGUUUUGAUUGUGUUUUUUAUCCUCUGUGUAUUACAAGUGAUAUUUUGAUAGCAACCAUUUUUGUUCUUAAGUGGAAAGGCCUUUAAAAGAGUGAAUCAUCUUUCUUACAACACUUUUAACUUGAAUCAAGAUCCCUCUUUUCAUCUCUCCACAAAAGGUUUUCUAUUAUUCGUGCAAAACUUCUAAAUUGCUUGUAUUUGUUUCGUCAUAUUGAUAUUUAGAGGAACUUUUCUUGUUUAUAAUUGAUUAUGCAAAAUACAGGAAACUAAAUAUUUUAUGUACCCACUCCUCCCUCAGAUUAUUCUGCAUCCCCCUGACCGUAGUGUCGAUUAUCCAGCGUUUACUGUAGACGAUGGUUCGCAGCCUCCGAUAACUGUGAUGUGCAAAGAAAGAAAUGUAUUGGUGGCGACCUUCUCAAGACUUUUGCUCACGAAAAUAGGUCAGUUGAACAGAUGAUCGACGAUGUUGUUAUAGUCGCAACGUGCGAACUGUCUCUUCAGCCGAGGAAAGUUACAAAAUAUUAGUUUGGUAAGAUAAGAAAACAUCAAAAAUAGCAGAAAAAAACAAAAAAACAAAACAGUGGCGGGGAGAAGAUUGACCAGGAUUGUAAAGGAUGUGUAGUAGAGCGCUUUUCUAAUGAGUGAUUGUUGGCAGUUUCUCAUUUGAUUGGUUGAGAAGGUGGCGCAAUUUUUCUGGACCAAUCGUUGAACAAAGUGAAUUGAAACCAACUCAAUCCAAGAUUAACCGGCUCGACAGUCAAUUAAAAAUUCCUUUAUCUGUCUAUCAACACAGAGAUUUUUCCUUGUGUCCUUUAAAGCCGUUGUCUAAUAUUGACCACACUUUUUCACCAUGAGCACCACUCAGCCACUAGAUAACAUAUACACCUACUUAUAAUAAGGUGUAGUUCCGUGACGUUCUAAGACGACGUUGCUUUGUAAUAAUAUCUUGUGACAAUUUGAUUGCAGAUCUUUUGUAGUGCAGUAAGGCAUUUACAGUUUCCUCAAUUUUUCCAUGCGUUCCAAGAUUAAAAUUUCAAGUAAUCUCUUCACCAUAACUUUCAUUUUAACUUUCUUACACAGGAGGGUCAGAGAGCUUCAAAGACAAACAGGAAUUCUUUUAUCGUGAAUUACUCAACUACCACGGGCGAAAAACGGGUGAAGUGAACUUAAAGAUAGAUCGACGUAAACUCUUGGAAAGUGUAAGUUUAGCACAACGAGCUACGUUGAUUAAAAUGCAAUGGAACGAAAAUAAUUUGAGGAGGAAACUCAUCCCUUGCCCUUUUUUUUGAGCGAGUUUGUCCGAAUAUGAAUGCCAAGGUAUUUAGAGAUCCUCUCUGCAUCGCUUGUUUCUCUGUUCGUGGUGCGAGUCAGUCGUAGAUCCUAAAAUCAGCACGUCAUUGGGUUGAAUCUCACGUCGUCACAGAAACUUUCUUUGACGACGUGAGAUUCAACCCAAUAAACUAACGUGCGAUUGCUAGAUAUUAUUUUUUAUUAUUCAGUGCUGAAUAGCUCGACGUGUUCUUUCCCCGUAGUCCUAUCAAGCCACAAUGAAGACAUUCUAUUCCAGCGACUGGUUAAAAUAUUUUAAAAUCACGUUUAAAGACGAACCAGGUAGGUUAUGAUAAUUUUUUUCACGCUGUUAUUUUGAAGCUACUUGUUGUGGAAUAUAAGAUAACUUAGUCUCAGAUCAGAGUAGAACUGGUAAUUAUAUUUAAAACCAUGUUUGUCUCUUUUACUUUUCAAGGUGUUGAUUGGGGUGGCUUGCGGCGUGAAUGGUUUGAGUUGUUGUGCAAGGCGCUGUUUUCUCACGAAGCUGGAUUCUUCAGUCGCUUCGACGCUGAUGAUCCUCAAGCUCUGGUGAGUGCAGGAGUGUUUGGUGCUCUGUAUUGCUUUAUUGUAAAGGAGCAGCCUUGUAAUUCACAACUACCAUUGAGUUUUGGUCUGUACUGCACGGAGCAAGUUGGAGUACAGCCUGCAUAAUGCUCCCUCUCUUUCCACGCCAGACUCUCAAUGUCAGGUUAAAAGGGUCUUUCCAAAGAUCACAACACGAUCACUCAGUCAGGUCAGCAGUGCUCUGAACUCAGGAUCAAAGGUCCAACUCGCUAACCACUACGCCACAGCCUGUCUAAAAUGUUUUGAGGAGAACAAUUUUAAGAAAAUAGUUAGUUUUCGGCGCCGGUAGAAAGAAUUAUGAUGUUCACUGUUCCUUUUUUGUGUGUUCAAGGUUCAUCCGAAUCCGCGGAGACCUGCUCAUUUAAAAGUUAAAUUUUACGAGUUCGCCGGACGCAUCGUUGGAAAAUGCUUGUACGAGUCCGCUAUGGGAUCAACACGGAGAUUAAAUGUGAAAGCGCGAUUUAGCAGAUCAUUCCUGGCUCAGCUACUUGGUCUUCGUGUAAGCUACAGGGUAAGACUACACAAUUUUUCAAAAUAAUAUUUUAAAAAAUAGUUGUAUGGAACAAAUUUUUGAACAGACGAGCAAUCCGAGACGAAAAUCUGGUUUGACGCAUUUCACUUUUAAACAAGUUCAUUCUACUUAGCGCCUUUGUAGGAGUUUUUUACUUUCGGGCGCUGCGAAUAAAUUAGAACUAUUUUAACAAAAAUUUUGGGGUAUUUACGUUUCAUUUUUCAAGAUUUACUGUGUCCUUCUCAGGAGCCUAAUGGCAAGGAUGACAGGUUCUCUUAGGCGCUGUCGCACAUUAACCGCUGACCGCUUCAACUUUCGCCGGUUACCUUCUCAGCCGCUCUUUUGAUGUCAAGCAAUGCUCUAGCUUUCCGUGACAUCCUAAGAACAUUUGCAAAGGAGAAUGCACAAACUGUGACGGAGUUUGUAUUUAAUUAAAAAGCUGUUACAUUUGUCUGAUCCAUGUUCAGUAUUUUGUGUAAACAAUUUUCAACCUAUAAUUAUUUUUCAAUCCACAAAAAAGUACUUCGAGAUUGACGACAAGGACUUCUAUCGGAGCAAAAUCAAAUUCAUCGAGGAGAAUGACCCGGAGGACUUGACACUAGUAUUUGCAGAGGAGGAGUACGAUCAGCAGGGGCGCUUAGAGAAGGUGGGAUAAAGGUCCUUGGAAUCCUUAAACAUCUCAUCUCUUACUUAUCUUUCUCUUGAGUAUUUUUUGCAACCUUUUGUGAUUGUACUUAUAUAUUUCGAGCAUCCAAAGCUCAGAUCUCCCGAUUUUCGUAGUUCAGAUGCUCUACCACUUGAGCUCAGGACAACCUUUAGGUGAGCUAGGCUGUAAGUUGGAACCAUAUGGGAACGGAUUCCAGCAUGCUACUUGCAUCAGUGUUGUCGAAACCUUCUUUUUUGGAGAUGUCAAGUAAAGUGGUAACAUACUUAUAGAUUGGCUUCUUAAACAGUUCUUAUCAGCUGAAGUUAAUUUCUUUUCAACCCUUAGUUGGAGGAGUUAAAACCAGGUGGAGCUCAGAUACCAGUCACGGAAUCGAACAAGAAAGAAUAUCUGGACUUAUUGGCUCAGUAUCGUCUUGCAACCUCUGUUAAACAGGAGAUUGAAGCUUUUGUGAAAGGUACGAUUAAAAAGGACUUUACGCCUCGUCAUUAAGUAUUUUUUCAGUCUACUCAUGGUCCAUUAGUCCACUCCAUUCUUUGCGUGGUAUUUUCAAUAGUUGUUUAUGCACCUACUUUGUCCCAGGGUCUCUCCUCUUCCUUGGGCGGGAAGAAGGAGGGAAUCUGGGAACGAGGUUGAUUAUGCAGUUUCCCGAGGCUAAUAGAAGAAAGAAAAAUAUAAACUAGGGGACAUCUUUUGGUGAUUUGACUCCAAUUUUAAGUUCUUAGACAGAGCAGAGUUCAAACGUUUAUCUCAACACGGCGACCCAAAAAACCAAAAGACUACGGGGUCAUUUCUCACGUGACAGAGAUAUGCAAUUCGUACAAACUCCAAGCAAAAAUUGGUAUUCAUGACCAAGGAACAUUGGUCAAUGUCAGUGAGGCGCGACUAGGAAGUUAAUCAGUAAUUUCUCUUUUUUGGGUAGGUUUGAAUGAAAUUGUACCAGACAGUCUGCUGAGUGUGUUCGAUGAAUAUGAGCUGGAGGUAAUGUACCCUGUGACCAAUACUCUUCAACGGGUUUUCAUUUUAAAUUUGGUUAUAUUUUUCUGGGUCAGUUUUAGUUGCGUAUCCGUUUCAUUUUCUCUGUAUUCCGCAGCUUUUGAUGUGUGGGACUGGAAACAUCAGUGUUACAGAUUUCCAAAACAAUCAUACUGUUACACAUGAUAUGGCACCAUUUAGAAAGGUAAAGCUAACUUUAGUCAUUACUUGGGUAGUUAGAGCGCUGUUACUAAUGAUCAAUCAAAGGAACAAACUGCCUGAAGCGCAGAAAAACGCGAAUGAUCAAGUCACUGUUGGUUCUAGUCUUGCAUCUUACUGGUUGAGAGGGUGCAUGACGCGAGUGCUCCAGACCAAUCAGGAGCAAUGGGAAUCAAGAACUAGGGUUACCUAUUCUUAAAUUUUUCAAAAUGUUGAUAAUUUCUUUCACAGCUCAGAGCCGUUUCGUCUCGUAAUUCUGUCGCGACGUAGUACUUGUUUGCAGAAUAGCCCGCAGUUUUCGGGACGAUAUGAGGGGGCCCGAUAAAGAAAUCGACGGAUGAAAGUGUAGCGGCCCAAACGGCGCGGACAUAAUGGCGAGGGUAUUUUUUUAGUUCUAACUACAAUUCAUAAAGCUUUAUUUCUUAUUCAGACUUUGGAGUGGUUUUGGACGAUUGUGACAAGUUUUACUCAAGAAGAGCUUGCUCGACUGGUGCAGUUUAUCACAGGUUCUUCUCAACUUCCCCCUGGGGGAUUUGUCGAACUCUCUCCCCAAAUACAGAUCUCGUACGCUCCAUUUACAAACGCACUUCCCACAGCACAUACUUGGUAAGUACAGUCUACAAUCCGCUACUUAGCUUGACGGAGAGGACCCUGGGAACGCUCGGCCCAGGCGUGAAGAGAUCAGUAAUCUUAAUGGAUCGUUUGGGCCCGAUAUGCAGAUAGAUCUUUUCGCAACUUCCGCUUAUUACAUCAAACGUGACCAAAAUAUAGUCAACUUCUUGGACGGAAGUUCAUUACAAACUAAUGACUACCUCGGAAUUUUCAAAUGCGCUUGCGUGCGAUGUAAAACUUGUCCUUUCAUUCAUAACGUUGAAAAAAUAUCCCACCAGUAGCAUAGCACCAUUUUCUGCAUAUAAACACAUACACAACCCACAUUUCCUCCACUCGCUCUGACAUAGGGCUAACGCUUGAGACGUCAGCUUUGAAACUCUUUUACCGUGGCCAAUUUACUUUAUCAAACGCCCAAAAUAAAUCUUUUUACAAGAUGGUCAAGAAUGAACAGUUUUUGACUCUAAGAACCUUUUCUUGUUUGUAGUUUUAACCAGCUCUGUUUACCAUCCUACUCGUCCUUCAAAGAGAUGCAGAAGAAACUUUUACUUGCAAUAAACGAGGGAAGCGAAGGAUUUGGUUUUGCGUAAGAAUGGAGAAUUAACAAGAUCAUUAGAUGUGCUUCGAAAAAUUAUUUGGAUGGAAAAUUGACUGGGGCUAAGACAUUUUCUCUAGUACGCAGACCCUCGCAUUUCUCUGAUCGGAAGGGAUUUUCUCAUCACAGCAUCUGCGCGUUGUUAAACAUCUAGAGAUGACAAGAGAGCAAGUCACCCCCGAGUGCGGGAAAUUGAUCAAUAACCAAAUUCUUAGAAAUAACGUCCUACGAAAACGUACUGAGGGCUUAAGGAGUAACGCUUCGCUUGUAUUUUCUGUAGGAAAUAGUAUCAGAAGUUUUAAUAGCCGUACAGUCAGCAUUACUGACAUAACGAUUCUGCGAUCAUAACUGGAUUAGACAAUAAUUUUAUGAAAUCGGGCACAUUGUAGACAGAACAAAGUAGCUUUGUAAAAGGAGCUGCUCAAACCCAUCCGAUUGUUUUUAUUACGUGCAACUCAAAACAACUUUUUCUUAUUAAAGCUGGU